UCCAAGUUGUAUAAUACACAUCAACUUCUAUAUAUACUUGCUUUAUUCCUUCCAUAUUCUUAUUGCUCUCUUCUAUAUCUUCUUUUCUCUAUUCAUUAUUAUAUUCUUAAAAUAACCAAACUUUUAAAUAUGGCUUCCGCAAACAACAUUCACCAAGAAGGAGUUACGAAGAUCGAACCAACUCCUCUACAGAAACAUGUUAUGUUCUUCGAUAUCAAUAACGACGGAAUAAUUUACCCUUGGGAAACUUAUCAAGGUUUUCGAAAAAUUGGAAGUAAUAUUUUUCUUUCCAUUUUUGCCUCCUUUUUCAUUAAUUUUGGCCUCAGCCGAAAAACUCGACCGGGAAAAGGGCCUUCUUUACUCUUUCCUAUUGAAGUGAAAAACAUCAAACUUGCCAAACACACCAGUGACAGUGGGGUCUACGAUAGUGAAGGAAGAUUUGUUCAAGAAAAAUUUGAAGAGAUAUUCAGCAAACAUGCACGUUCAAAUGGAAAUGCAUUAACAGCCCAAGAAUUGGAUGAUAUGCUUAAGGCAAACAAGCAACCAAAUGACUCUAAGGGAUAUGUUGCUGCUCAGUCAGAGUGGAAGAUCUUAUAUUUUCUUUGCAAAGAUGAGCAUGGAUUAUUGAAAAAAGAAAUAAUUAGGGGUGUUUAUGAUGGUAGCUUAUUUGAACAAAUGGCCAAGGAGCAACAAGCCAAGAAGAAAAAGUAAUUAAUUAAUUUCAAAUUAUAGCUAAUUCAUUUAAUUUCUCAAUUAUUUUGAACAGGAUCUUUUUUUUAAGUAGUUUUGUUUUUAUUAUCAGAUUCAUAUCAAGUUCAAAAAAAUGGAUUGAAUCCUAGCCACUAUGUAUAGUAAGAACAUUUGUAUGUAUGGAGUGAUAUCUUGUGGAUUUUUUCUCUUAUUUGUAAUUUGUAAAGUAUUAUUUCUUUAUACUGAUGAUUAAUGGGGUGAUUUAAUUUUUUUCUCUUAUUAUAUGA